UAUAAAGGAAAUGGGACGGCCGGAGGGCGUAUAUCCGGCAGUGUGAGUGGAUUGGGUGGUAGUUAGAGAGACUAUCAAGAAACUAAAGGGUGAGUGAAGCCUGGGAUAUGAAAAUGGAGUGUCGACAGAUUCUACUUUGCUUGGCACUCUGUGUGGUGUGUACUCUGAGCAAACCCACUGAGAAGAAGGACCGCGUUCACCAUGACCCCCAGCUCAGUGACAAAGUGCACGAUGAUGGCGAGAACUUUGACUAUGAUCACGAUGCCUUCCUGGGAGCAGAGGAUGCCAAAACCUUUGACCAGCUCACCCCAGAGGAGAGCAAGGAAAGGCUUGGCAAGAUAGUAAAUAAAAUAGAUGAAGACAAAGACGGGUUUGUAACCCCAGAGGAGCUGAAAAAUUGGAUAAAAUUUUCGCAAAAGCGCUGGAUUUAUGAAGACGUAGACCGCCAGUGGAAGGGGCACGACCUUAAUGAGGACGGCCUCAUAUCCUGGGAGGAAUACAAAAAUGCCACUUACGGCUACAUUCUAGAUGACCCAGACCCUGAAGAUGGUUUCAACUACAAACAGAUGAUGACGAGGGAUGAGAGGCGUUUCAAAUUGGCAGACAAGGAUGGCAACCUGAUUGCCACCAAAGAAGAAUUCACAGCUUUCCUGCACCCAGAAGAGUAUGACUACAUGAAGGAUAUUGUAGUUCUGGAAACAAUGGAAGAUAUUGAUAAGAAUGGAGAUGGUUUUAUUGAUCUAGAAGAGUAUAUUGGGGACAUGUAUAGUCAUGAAGGAGACCCUCAGGAGCCUGAGUGGGUGAAAACUGAGCGGGAACAGUUUGUGGAGUUCAGAGACAAAAAUAAAGAUGGUAGGAUGGACAAAGAGGAGACCAAGGACUGGAUCAUGCCUUCAGACUACGACCAUGCUGAAGCUGAGGCAAAGCACCUUGUUUAUGAAUCUGACCAGGACAAGGAUGGCAAACUUACCAAAGAAGAAAUAGUAAAUAAGUAUGACUUGUUUGUUGGAAGUCAAGCAACUGAUUUUGGAGAGGCCUUAGUACGGCAUGAUGAGUUUUAAAGUUUUUGUUAGUUAUUACUUGAACCAGUUUCUUAACUAAUUUAUUUUAUACUUCUUCAAUUUAACACAUUCUCUUUCCCAAGAUUCUUUUUGUUUUUGUUGAGAGAAAUGGGGUCCUGCCCCACAACAUCACUGCAGGGCAUCAUUUUGACACUUCCCUUUUUCACUCGCCUCCAUAUUUUAGCCCUUUUACAUUUUUUGUAUUUUGAUUGCAAAUACACUGAGUAUUUAGUUAUGUGUAAUUCAAGGAAUAUUUAAUGGAGUUUUGGCAUACAACUGUUUGGAGGAGAGAAUAAUUUACCAUUUGUCUUCUGCACACACAAGUAAUGUACUCUUCAACAGACUGAUCAUAAGCAUUCAUCCAUUGCAGUUAUUUCCUUAGGUAGUCUGAAACUGUAAUGAAAUUCAUAACCAAGCCUAUGUGAGCACCAGCCCAGAUUUAUUGAUCAUUUUUAAUACAAAAGGCCAAGUUUAAGUUGGCAGUUCCUGUGUUUUAGCUUGUUAAAAGGCUGUUAAUUUUCACUAUACUACAUUUGUCCAGAAACGUUUUCAUAUUUUGAUAGAGAUGGGUAUAUCGGAAAGCCUAGAAUAAAAAGUAUGCCUUGGUUAUCUUUAACUGUAAUCCUGCUGCUUCAGGUUGAAUAUGUGCAAGGGGUUCUCUGGUGAACGGCAGUUUGCUGCGUUCACUUUGUACUCUUAAGCAACUUCAGAUUUACCUUUUGAAUGUUGCCUUUUAAAAGCAAUUUAAAAUAUGUAUAAACCCUGUAAUAUGUGCACUGUAAAGUUAAUUGAGAAUGUUCCUGAGAAACAUUCUGUUGGGACAUAUACUACAGGUGAAGGCAAUACUAGUCCAGUCAGGAUCAGGUGAAGGCAAUACUAGCCCAGUCAGGAUCAGGUGAAGGCAAUAGUCCAGUUUAGAAUGUAAGGUCCUGGUUGGAAGACUGGCAGAAAUGGAACCCAUUACCCUGUUAUAUAUAAGGGUCAUGGUUUUGAAAAAUGUAUCGCUGUAUUCCUUGGAACAUUUUGUAGGUCAAUUUGUAUUUCACUCUACCAUAUAAAUUAUAAUUAAUCAAUGAUAAGUUGUAUGAAAGGUGGGUACAUUACAGAGCGAUAUUGAAUUGUACCUGUUGCUGUUAGUCAGUGUUUGAAACCGUGUGUAACUAAUUGAUGCAGGUUUUUUUUUUUUUUUUUUUUUUUAAAUGACUUACUACUGCUAUUAGUAACUUGUGGUCAAAAGGAAAUCUAAGAAAUUGUACCACACACUGAAAUAUUGCAUGAACACUAUUUUCUUUAAGUCAUUUCAAUUGUAUGUAAUGCUAAAUGGACAGUCAUGUUUCAACAAUAAACAUUUUUAAUAAAA